GUGAGUUGUUCUGUUUUUUCUCUAGUGGCUGCUGUGUUUAGCUUGGCGGAGAAGCUCCAGCCUGCGAUUGUUUUUAUCGAUGAGGUGGAUAGCUUUCUUGGCCAGCGAAGGUCUACGGGUAAUGAGGCGAUGGCGAUUUUGAAGACGGAGUUUAUGGCUUUAUGGGAUGGGGUUGCUACAGACAGUGAGUCUACUGUGUCCUGUUUAACCGUUGUUGAACUAGUGCAAUCUCUAAAGUAUGUUUGUUUGUGUCGUAGAGAAUGCGAGGGUGAUGGUUCUUGGUGCGACAAACAGACCUUCGGAGCUGGAUGAAGCGAUAUUGAGGCGUUUUGCUCAGGCCUUUGAGAUAGGGAUGCCUGAUUGCAAGGAGAGAGCUGAGAUAUUUAGAGUUGUUUUGAAAGGGGAGAGAGUGGAGGAGGGUAUUGACUAUGAUCUUGUAGCUCGGUUGUGUGAAGACUAUACCGGAUCAGAUAUCUUUGAGCUCUGCAAGAAAGCAGCUUACUUGCCAAUCAGAGAGAUACUGGAGGAGGAGAGAAAGGGCAGACCAGUUCCGGUGCCUAGGGCGUUGACACAAAUGGACUUGGAGAAGGUUCUUGCAACCUCAAAGAAAGCACAGGUUGCUGCAAGCGAGUACUCUGGUUCAAGGUUGCAAGAUUCAAGCUGGAGAAGGCCAAAGGAUAGCGACAAGGUACAAGCAGUUAUUAAUGGCAUCUCAAGGCUUUUAGUCUCUGGGAUGAUAAAUCAGCAGUGACUAACAAAGCUCAGAGAGCUUAUUUUCAAGUGUCUUGGCGAUUGUAUUCAGCUUCUCCAACAGAGUAUCCCUUUCAUGUCAGCAGACUCCUCUUCAUCAUCAUUGUCGUCCGUAAACCAUCUGCUACAACAUUGCCACCUUGAACAUUGUAGCGUUAGAUGACUCCAUUUACUGGCUUGUUUGGUUCAAAAGCCUCUUUCCUCUCAAUGAAAAAUGUCAGAAACAUCAUUUGUGAUUUCUUGAUCUGUUUUUAGUAAAUUUAUUAUUUCAAGCAAAGCAUAGGUGGUUAUUAUUCA